CGUAGCGGGUUGUUGGUUUUCUUUUUCUUUUUUUUCAACUUGCCUUUUAAGAUGACUUUUAUGGUCCCUGCAACUGCUUCCCUCCAGUCUAAACUGUAGUUUGGGAAGAUUUAAGAGGCCAGGGAGGUGCUUGUGUGGGCUUUAACUAAUCCAAAACGGUCAUUAAUGUAUCUCUACGCCCUGCGAGAUGGUUCCGACCAGGCCGAGCAGUAGUCUGGGUGUGUUUUCACCCGGACACUGCGGAGCUCCUUCACGGUCUUAGCGGCCAGCCUGCCAGUGAGGGGACACUUGACCUGCGGGCCCUGUGCCCUAUCUUCGAAGGGCACCCUGAGCCCCUUUCUUUCCGUCCACAAUGGAAACUCUCCGCCACUGUCCACCUGAAGACUUAACUAGUCCCGGUGGGUACCCCGGAAGCUCACAAAACUCCCCCACAGGUGUGCGGAGGACUUUGUGCUGUUGGGGGUCAUCCAGCCAGCUUUGACGCUGCCCUCUCAGCCUUGCCUUUGUACGUGUAAAUGCCCUCGUAGCCAGUCGCCACGGGAUGGAGGGCUUCAUGGACUCAGGGACACAGACCGAUGCUGUGGUGGUGCUGUCCUUGGCUCAGGCUGCUGUGCUGGGCCUGGUCUCAGAAAAUGAGCUCUUUGGAGCCACCAUAAGUGCUGAGGCCUUCUACCCAGACCUAGGGUCAGAAUUGACUGGGACAGCCAUGGGGGAGCCAGGACCACCAGGGCCCGACAUCUAUCAGCUGGCCUGUAACGGGCGGGCCCUGGAAGAGCCCCCAGAAGAGGAGGUGCUGGAGGUAGAGGCAGCCUUUGAGAAGCACACGCGGAGGAAGACACGGCCCCCUGUGAGGCUGGUACCCAAGGUCAAGUUUGAGAAGGCAGAAGAGGAAGAGGAACAGGAGGUGUAUGAGGUGUCUGUGCCUGGUGAUGACAAAGACCCGGGCCCUGCAGAGGCCCCUGCCGAGGUGGCCAGCGGCGGCAGCUGCGAGGCCCUGGUGCAGAGCAGUGCCGUCAAGAUGAUUGACCUCAGCGCCUUCAGCCGCAAGCCCCGGACACUCCGGCACUUGCCGAGAACUCCAAGGCCAGAGCUGGACAUGGCCCCAUUCGAUCCUCCUUUCCCGGAUCCAGCCCGGGAUGGCUUCCCCGAGCCCAGCAUGGCACUACCUGGACCAGAGACUUUGCCCACUGAAUGUAGUUUUGAGCCGCCCCACCUGGCCCCCCUGAGCAAUCCUGAGCCUCCCAACGUGACGUCGACGGAACUCGUCAAACCAGAGCAGGGCUUCGUGUGGCAGGAGUCCAGCGAGUUCGAGGCUGACACGGCGGGUUCUACAGUGGAGCGCCACAAGAAGGCACAGCUGGACCGGCUGGACAUCAACGUGCAGAUCGAUGACUCCUACCUAGUGGAGGCAGGCGACCGCCAGAAACGCUGGCAGUGUCGCAUGUGCGAAAAGUCCUACACGUCUAAGUAUAACCUGGUGACGCACAUCCUGGGCCACAACGGCAUCAAGCCACACUCGUGUCCCCACUGCAGCAAGCUCUUCAAGCAGCCCAGCCACCUGCAGACGCACCUGCUGACGCACCAGGGCACGAGGCCCCACAAAUGCCAGGUGUGCCACAAGGCCUUCACUCAGACCAGCCACCUCAAACGCCACAUGCUGCUGCACUCGGAGGUGAAGCCCUACAGCUGUCACUUCUGCGGCCGCGGCUUUGCCUACCCUAGUGAGCUCAAGGCCCACGAGGUGAAGCACGAGAGUGGCCGCUGCCAUGUCUGUGUUGAAUGCGGCCUAGACUUCUCCACCCUGACCCAGCUCAAGCGCCACCUGGCCUCCCACCAGGGCCCCACCCUCUACCAGUGCCUCGAGUGUGACAAGUCCUUCCACUACCGCAGCCAGCUACAGAACCACAUGCUCAAGCACCAGAAUGUGCGGCCCUUUGUGUGCACUGAAUGUGGCAUGGAGUUCAGCCAGAUCCACCACCUCAAGCAGCACUCUCUCACCCACAAGGGUGUGAAGGAGUUCAAGUGUGAGGUCUGCGGCCGGGAGUUCACGCUGCAGGCCAACAUGAAGCGCCACAUGCUGAUCCACACCAGCGUCCGGCCCUACCAGUGCCACAUCUGCUUCAAGACCUUCGUGCAGAAGCAAACCCUCAAGACCCACAUGAUUGUGCACUCGCCUGUGAAGCCGUUCAAGUGCAAGGUGUGCGGGAAGUCCUUCAACCGCAUGUACAACCUGCUGGGUCACAUGCACCUGCACGCAGGCAGCAAGCCAUUCAAGUGCCCAUACUGCUCCAGCAAGUUCAACCUCAAGGGAAACCUGAGCCGGCACAUGAAGGUCAAGCACGGCGUCAUGGACAUCAGCCUGGACAGCCAAGGGAUGCUUAGCACUGCUGCUAGAGCAGCUGGAUGCUCGUAUGCCUCUUCUAGUUCAACACAGUCUGCAACUCUAUGCGGAGUUCAAGGCCAGCCUGAGGUACUUGCCUGAAGCAAUAGAGAUAAAGUGGGGACACGAAGUUUGACUUGUAGUAAGCAGUGGUGGUAUAUGAUGGGAUGGCAGUAGGAACAGAGAACUGCCUAGGCUUGGUUCAGAUUCAACAGUUUGGAAGAACUGGAGAUAGCACAAUGGGUAGUGCUUGCUUAGCAUGCACAAGGUCCUGGGUUUGACUCCAGCACCCUAUAAAUUGGGUGUGGUGGUGCACCACCAUGAUCUUGGCAUUUUGGAGGUG